AUGACACUUCGGAAUUCCCGCACCACCUUGAGCCAGGGCCUGGACCGUGAGGUAUAUCAAAUUGUUCGAAAGAUAUUGGACGACGAAGAUGAAUGUAAAAAAGGGAACAAGCGCAUGACUGUCUCGACUCUCUAUGAUUGGAUAAAGAGGUCCAAUUCAAGCUUAAAACGUCAGAGGGUUCUCCAGGUUCUCAAGGAAGAACAGGAGCUAAGUGACAGCGCAGAAGAAGAAACUGCUAGGCUCGAAGAUUCGAUUCCUAUUUUAAAGGAACAUAAUAUUAUGAACAGGAGCAUUACAAAAAUGUGGGCUCAAACUACUACCCCCAAUGUCGUCAACGAAAAUUCAUCAUCUUUAAAUGAACCUCAAGGUCACAACAUGUCCUAUCCGCCUGAUAGGCAAAAGGAAACGCCCAUUAAGAUUGAUCGUCUAUCCAAUGGUGAAUCUAGGGCUAAACGUCGGAAAGGGGAGCCAAAAAAAGAAAUAAAUCGAUCUCCACCUUCAGAUAUUUCUCUGGAUAACCUUGGGGGCGUUGAAAAUGUUAUUGAGGAACUCAAUGAACUAGUAGCCAUGCCUAUGUUGUAUCCCGAGACCUACAUAAAAGCAGGUAUUCAACCUCCACGCGGCGUACUUCUUCACGGACCCCCCGGAUGUGGAAAGACGAUGAUUGUAAACGCGUUCGCGUCCGAGAUAGGGGUUUCUUUCAUUCCUCUAUCUGCACCCUCUCUAGUCGCUGGCAUGUCUGGAGAAUCAGAAAAAAAGAUCAGAGAUUUUUUCGAUGAAGCAAUUAAGGUGGCACCAUGCUUGAUAUUCAUUGAUGAGAUAGAUGUAAUAAUGGGAAAGAGAGAAAGCGCCCAAAGAGAAAUGGAAAAGAGAAUAGUUGCCCAAAUGCUAACAUGUAUGGAUGAAAUAUCUUUAGAGAAGACUGGGGGAAAACCAGUUAUCGUGAUGGCAGCCACCAAUCGCCCUGACAGCCUUGAUCCUGCCCUUCGGAGAGCAGGUCGUUUCAAUAAGGAAAUAAAUUUGGGUGUGCCGGAUGAGCGGGCGAGAGAAAAAAUUAUUCGGGCCUUAACACGAAAAUUAAAGUUAUCUGAGGAUUUUAAUUAUCAAGCUCUUGCUAAGCUUACACCAGGUUUUGUCGGGGCUGAUUUAAACGAUGUUGUCUCUGUUGCUGGUACUGAAGCAAUGAAAAGAAUGAUGAUUGCCCUCAAGCAAAAGACUGUAGACGAGAUGGAUAUCGAUAAUUCGGAUACCGCAUCUAUCUCUGCUCCUCUCCGCAUCCUUAGAUCUUUAAUAGCUCAUUCUGGUGAUCUUUCACUUAAUGGUGACUUUUCAGUGACUUACGACGAUUUCAUUCUAGCUACCUCAAAGGUUCAACCAUCAGCCAAAAGGGAGGGGUUUGCUACCAUCCCGGAUACAACGUGGUCACACAUCGGAGCCCUCCACUCGGUUCGGGAACAACUCGAGAUGGCAAUAGUGGAGCCGAUUAAGCGACCCGAGAUGUUCGCUCGUGUCGGCAUAACGGCUCCCGCCGGUGUCCUGCUUUGGGGUCCCCCUGGUUGCGGAAAGACCUUACUCGCAAAAGCUGUGGCCAAUGAAUCUAAGGCAAACUUCAUCUCCAUCAAGGGACCAGAAUUACUGAACAAAUAUGUAGGUGAAUCUGAGAGAGCAGUGCGACAGGUUUUCGAAAGGGCGAGGUCCAGUGUGCCUUGUGUCCUCUUCUUUGAUGAAUUGGAUGCAUUGGUUCCCAGGCGCGAGGAUUCACUUUCCGAAUCAAGCAGUAAAGUUGUCAAUACUCUCCUGACAGAGCUUGACGGAUUGUCGAAUCGCACGGGCAUCUACGUGGUCGCAGCAACAAAUCGUCCAGACAUGAUAGAUCCUGCUAUGCUUCGCCCUGGACGUCUUGGAACAUCCGUCUUUGUUGAUCUUCCAACUCCGGAUGAACGCGUAGAAAUCUUAAAGGCGCUCUACCAAAAAGCGCUACCGAUGGCACACGAAGAUGAAGUUCACGCUCUCGAGAGUGUGGCACGCGAUGAGCGAUGCACGGGCUACAGUGGCGCCGAUCUCGCAAGCUUACAUCAAACAGCGGCGGUUGCUGCGCUCAAGAAAAUGAUGACACGUCAAGAGGGACUUUGCGACGAAGAGACUGAAGUGCGAAUCGCGGGGGCAGAUUGGGAAUGUGCAUUGUGUACGGUUAAAGCCAGUGUUAAGGAUUCAGGAAAGUACCGUCGCCUCAAGGCGAGGGGCAUGUAG